GUAGAGGUGGGUAGCAGCAUUCUUUCUGUGGAUCCCUCUCUCAGUCACAACAAGACAACAUCUAUUGAUCCUGUUCCUGAUCCGUGUUAGGAGGAGGAGUGGGUUCUGAGACUUCCAACUGAAAGAUCACAAACAGCCACACAUUACCAUUAUUCUCUGGGUGCCGUUGGCAACAACCAAUACAAUGAUAAUAAAAGAUUUGCCGUCGGAUCACAUCUAUGCGUACGCUCUGUCCAAGACUCUGAUUAAAGUGUCCUCUCCUGCUACAGUGGGCCUCUACUCAUCAUGUCAGAACCGCAUCAACAUGAUCCUCAGAUAUAUAGAGGUCCACAUGGAGCAGGAGGCAGAGAGGAGGGAGCAGAGUUACCAGGGCAGGUCCAAGCCUCGUUCCGUCAAAGCCUCCAUCACUGGUCUCCUAGCUCUGAUCUGCAGGCUGCUGUUCUACCGACCCGUCUGGACCGAGGAGAACCAGCGACGACAGAAUGUCCGGUUCAUCUAUGUUCGGUUCUCCGCAUGGCACUUCGCCGGGAGUGACCUCCUCUGGGCGGGGCUGGUGAUGAGACUGUGCCUGGCACUGCAGGAGAGCUUCGGGAAACUUCAGGUGGGUUACCUAGAGGUUAGAGGUUAACUUCAGGUAGGUAGCCUAGAGGUUAGAGGUUAACUUCAGGUAGGUAGCCUAGAGGUUAGAGGUUAACUUCAGGUAGGUAGCCUAGAGGUUAGAGGUUAACUUCAGGUAGGUAGCCUAGAGGUUAGAGGUUAACUUCAGGUAAGUAACCUAGAGGUUAGAGGUUUACUUCAGGUAGGUGACCUAGAGGUUAUAGGUUUACUUCAGGUAGGUGACCUAGAGGUUAUAGGUUUACUUCAGGUAGGUGACCUAGAGGUUAGAGGUUGACUUCAGGUAGGUGACCUAGAGGUUAUAGGUUGACUUCAGGUAGGUGACCUAGAGGUUAUAGGUUUACUUCAGGUAGGUGACCUAGAGGUUGACUUCCGGUAGGUGACCUA